AUGGAAGAGGAACACAGAGAUAGUGUUGAUAGUAAUAUUAAUAGUUAUGAUAAUAAUAAUAACAAUGAUAGUAAUAACAAGAUUAAUUAUGGAAGUUUAAUAGAUUCAGAUAUUUCUCUGGGAAAUGAUAGUUUGUCAUCUAUCAAAUUGGAUGAGAAUAAACAACAACAACAACAACAACAACAAUUGUAUUAUCAACAGCAUUCUGUCAGUAUAAUAGAUGGAGGAGGCGUUGCAUCUAUUCCAGUUACACCAGAGACAAUAAACAGCAGUAGUAGUAGCAGUAGCAAUUUAUUAGUAGAUAUAAACACACCGAUCUCUAUCUCGCCAAUCACAAACAGUGGAAUCACCUCAAUGACCAACCAUUAUAACAUAAAUUCGAACAUUCAAAACAACAAUAACAACAAUAUUAAUAAUAAUACUAACAAUAGCAACACUGAUAGCAACAGUAGUACUCCAGACUUACUACUAUCAAAUUUCUCACCUGCAAUGACAUUAACAUCACCAACUUCAACAUCAACAUCUCAAUUAGAUAUCAAUAACAAUAUAGAUAAUAGUAAUAGUAAUAGUAAUAAUGAUACUACUGAUAAAUUAGUAGUGGUUGUUGAGAAAAAAGAGUUAACAUUUUUAGAUACCCCAAUAGAGAUUAUCAAUUAUAUAUUUUUAAAUGUUGGUGCUCUCAAUAUGCCUUCGCUGCUACGAGUCAAUAAGUUUUGUUUUAGAACCGGUAUGAAAGAGGGACUGUGGUCACUCUUUGUUCAGAAUGAUUUUGGCAUUGCAGUUUCCGAUCUGACAACGAUGGUGCGUUUGAACAGCGGUGCACGCUCGCUCUACGCCAAUCUCUACUUCAAGCGUCGUAACAGCAUCGUCCCGGUGCGUUCACCCAACCCACUGAUUCGCUUCUUCCUCAAGCCCAUCUCGAAGCUGCCCUCGCUCUUCUCUCGCAAGGAAUACAAGAUUCUCAUGUACGGACUGGACGGAGUCGGCAAGACCACUCUACUCUACAAGUUUGCACGUGGUGAAUUCGUGAGAACGCUCCCGACCAACGGAUACAACGUCGAGGUCGUCGAGUACAAGUCGUGUGACUUUAUCUGCUGGGACAUCGGAUACAACACCAGCAAGCCAGUCGUACCGGUGUGGCACCACUACAUCCAAGACACCCAGGCACUGAUAUUCAUCAUCGACAGUACCGAUCGUACCAGACUGUCUCAGGUACGCGAAGAACUCUGGAGAAUGUUGACCGAUCGUAACGUUGCCAAGAUUCUUAGUUUCAAACAGAAUGACUCCACCGAUGGAAGAGUACAAAGAGUUAAAGUAUUAAUUUAUGCAAAUAAGAUUGAUAAUGCUAAUAAUAAUAAUAACAAUAAUAAUAACAGUAGUAGCAAUAAUAAUAACAACAAUAAUAGUAAUUCUAAUUUGUCAGGUAAUAACUCUGUUACAAAUACUCCACCACUUUUACACACCAGUAAUAACAGUAUUAAUACACAACCAAUGUCAACAUUAGAAAUAACAUUGGCUUUAUCACUUUUCAAUUUACCAAAACAUAUCAUUUGGCAUGUACAGGGUUGUUCUGCAACAUCUGAAGAAGGUGAUGGAUUGUAUGAAGGUUUAGAUUGGCUCAGUUCACAAUUUGAAGAGGAAUAG